AUGGACGAGCUUAGUGUUCAGUAUGUAAAUGUUGCAAAUGGGCCGCAGGGUCAACUUCACGAUCCGGCGGCUGUUGUAAAUUUUGUUGAUCAGAUGCAAGUAGUAAUGGAGCGCAGUUCCGCGCCGAGAAAAAAUUUUCUGCUUGAUACAACAACUCCACGUGGUGAUGUUAUCAUCACGGAGGCUUCUGCAAUGAAACCGGGCAAUGGAUGGAUUACACUUCAAGUAACGGAAGGCAUUCGUCGAGGUGUACAUGAGUGGUGUGUAAAGAUUGAACAUCAAGGUGAAACAACAGAUGGUAGUGGAAUGAUGCUUGGAAUUGUUCCUAAAAGCUUCGCCAAGUAUGAUUCCUUUAUCUCUCAAGGUGGUGGAUGGUGUAUAAGUCGUGCAGGUAAAUUCUACGGUCACUGGCGACGACAAGAUGCAAAUGCCAGUGUUGUAUUUGGUACUGGUGAUCGCGUUAUACUUACAUUGGAUUAUGAAGCUUCACGCAUGACAGUGCGAGUCGGUGAUAAGUCUGUCGUUGGGGAAAUAAGCAAUCUCGCACCAGAAGUAUAUCCUGCUGUCUCUCUUCACUACCGUCAUCAGUUUGUGCGAUUUGAGUAUCAUAAAGUACAUGAUCGUCACGCAAAAAAGUUAAACUGGAUUGACCGUUUUGCAUUCCCACAAGCUUCUGUAUAUUUACCAUUAACACCAGAUCAGUUAGAUAAGGUGCCAUUGGAUUCCUACGUGUUUAGUCCUCUUUUUAUGGAUAAAGAGGGACACAAAACACGUCACAAGUGGCGUCAGACUACUACUACUACUAUUACUACCACUAUCACUAAUGGUAAUACGAAUACAACUACAGCCAAUCCCACAACAACAACUACAACUACUACUACGACGACUACGACGACGACGAAUACGGCUACUAAUACUACUAAUAAUACUACUGGUAUUACUAGUACUUCUUCUUCUGCUCUCAUUUCAGCAUCGGGAGCGGGUGUUGUGGAUGUUGCUUCAUCACAAUCAGAGGAGACUGGAGUUUUUUCACAGGAGUAUGAGGCGCCCCGUGCGGCAAAUGCACGUCUAACAGUAGUGCUUAGGGCUAUUCAAGCAGUUCGACGAUAUUGUAGUGAUGGAAUCACACCUUCAGAAACGUUUCUUAAUCGUGAUGUAACAGCUGAAAUGUUACGUAGAGAUCAGCAUGCUCUUUUGAAUACUGGUAUAAACUCACGUGGUGGAAUAGAUGCCGCACUUAAUUGUGGUGCAUUAGUUCUUAUUCACAUGUUUUCACAUGCUAGUAUGACAACAUCAAGUGUUACGAUGUUACCUUUGGUACUUAAUCUACAAGAAUAUCUACGAGGAAUCACAUUGUUUGGACUUGCAGAGACAUCUUCAGCACCGCAAAACUUAGGAACUUCACUUUCUCCAGAUGUUGUGCGAAUGGCACUGGAUAACGUCGUUGCACUCAUUGAGAGAGUCCAUGGAAAUAAGGAGAGUGAUAGUGGCCACAACAACAACAACAACAACAACAAGAACAAUAAUAAUAACAACAACAACAACAACCAAAAUAGCAAUAUUGAUAAUUCUAGUGCUUGCUUAGAGGCUGCACUAGUGGAACUCCUUGUAUUGAUGGCCCUUCAGUGUGGUACUGUAAGUGAAGUACUUCGUGCUGUACGAUAUCUUCUUCGUAUUCCAAACUAUGAAGUUUCUCAGGCGACAAAGUUAUGGUUACGGGAUAGUGAAUUUGCACUAAAGCCCAAAUAUUACCUUCCUAAUAUUAAUGAAGCUAUUGAUGCUGUUGAAGAAGAUAUUGAACAACUCACAUUAUUUGAACGUGAUGUCGGUGCCGCAAUUUUAUCUGUAGGGUAUGAUCAAAGUUCCGUUUAUAUUCACACUAUGUAUGGUCUUAGUAAACGAAACAAUAUUGCAGGAGUAUAUGCACUUGUCUGCACGACAUCUGAGCCAAAAGAAUGUUGUACGCAAUGUUCAAGAUCUAGUAUUGCUUUUGGUCAAACUGGUACUGUUUUACUUUUAACAGAUAAUAUGAUAGCUGCUGGUAUUGCUGUUGUGAUGUAUAAUACCGCAUUAGAAAUUCGUCGUAUUGUAAAAGUAUCAGAUGCCCCACAAUGGCCUGUAAAUUCUCGCUGCAUGUCACUUGUUUCAGGACCAGGAGAUCAAAUAGUUCUUGUAUACAAUACUCCUCGUGCUAAUUCGGCAUCACCUAAUGAUAAUGGGGAUGAUAAUAAUGAUGUUUUGUCAAGUUCUCCAAAUCUUGAAAUGCAAUUGUUUAAUAUCAGUAAUUUUCCAGAAGUUCAAGAAUCUGGUUCCUUACAAAUUAUACCUCUUGAUCGUACACUUCAUUCAUGUUUAUCAUUACGUAAGGGUUGUAUCAUUGACUUUGGUUCUCCAGAAACUUGCUUAACUACUACUGGAGGUCAUGUUACGAUAGAAGUAUGGAUUAAAAUACUUGAAAAGGAUGAUACUUCUGUCUUUUACCAACAUGGGGAUCGUGCCAGUAGUGGUGAAGUCUUUCUUGAGACCACACGAGUUGAGGGUGCAUGGCGCAUACGCGGCGGCUACCGUCACGACUCCCGUGGGAUGUGUGUAGUCUCUGCCCCUGUGGCCCCGGCGUCGGAUAAUAGUUUUCUGCACGUCGUCUUAGUCUUUGAUGGGAAUUGGCGAUUGUAUCUUGACAACGAAGAGGUUUCCCGCACCAAACAAGGGCCACAAGUGUCAUUAGAGAAUCCUAGACAUCGAUGGACGGCAGGGAAUGAUUGUGUGUGUCGAAUAGCAGCUUUACGUGUAUGGAGAGGAAGUAGAUCCUUUUGUGAGAUUGUUCGGGAUUCACGUAGAAUUCUCUCUGGAGAUGAACCUGGACUUAUCUCUCAAUAUCUUUUUAAUGAGGGAAAUGGAAAUGUUGUUUAUAAUCAUGUUCGAUCGGGACCGGCAUUCGGUCGUUAUGCUAUAAUAAAAGGUCAUUUUGCCCGUGUAGGGUGUUUUGAUCAUCCUUUGUUGAGUUCAUUACAUAAUAAUAUAUAUUCAGGAGUAACAAAUGGAGGAACUUCUGUUGUUGUUAAUAUUACAAGUGGUGAACUCCCACGAUUGGCGAAUACCCAAUUAUUUUUUAAUGGAACUCAUAUUGGAAUGGUAGAAAAAAAAGCAGAGGCAAUUUCUGGUUUUCCAGAACUAAAACAUGUUCGACAAGUAACCUUUUUUAAUAUCAAAACUGGAAAAAGUGAAAAUGGAAGAUUUGUACUACGACAACGAACUAAAAUGGGUUUUAUUGGUUGUGAUCGUAGUGGACAUUAUUGGGAGAUAUUCCGUACAAAACCAGAGAAUGCUGGACCUGCUGAAGGUCUACAACAACAAAUAUUAGCUACUGGAAUGCUCUCUUGUGUAUCUGCCCCUUUACAAGAGAAGAGUAUAGGAACAACAUGGAAUAAUGGUAUAGACUCUCAGUCAUAUUUCAGUUAUGCAAAACCACAUGAAAAUGGUGGUGGUGGUAAUAGUAGUAGUAGAAGUAUAAGUUCUUCUGGUUUAAUUGAUGGUAACAAUAAAGGAAGAGUCGUGGUUGAUAUUCAAGCACCAAGAUUAUUAUUUAAUUCUCUAGCGCAAUGGUUAUUAAGUAUUCUUUCUUCUUAUGCAGAGACUACUAGUGGGGAAUCUGAGUAUCAAUUGUUUAGUCCACUAUUGGAUGAUGUUAGUGUUAGGUGUGUACAAGAAGUUCAACUUCUCUUACGUGAACACUGUCGUGCUGUUAAAGUUAUGAACGCUAGACGUUCAGCUAAUUUAAAAGAUGAUACUUCUGCAAGUAUAAUCACCACCGCUCUACGAAUUCUUAUUCGUAUUAUUAGACGUGUAUGUGAAUUUAAGUUACAUCCAGAUUCCAUUGCAUUAUCUGAGAUUAGGCAAGUUGAUGAUAUGAGAGGUGUAAUGAAUGUAUUAAAUAUCAUUCAACGUCGACGCAGUGCGGUAUGGCAGGAAAACAGUCCAUUAAUGCAAUCAAAUACGUCCGCAACAAAAGCAACAACAACACCAACAACAACAACAACAUCAUCUCCAUCAUCUGUAGUCACUACUAUUAAUACUACAGCUCCAGCAAAUAUUGCCUCAACCCUAAAGAAUGGGAAAACAAAUCCAACGAAUGAUUCAUUUAGUGAAGUUUUAUCCCCUGUAUUACAACGAGGAACAAGUCUUCUUGGUGUUCUUGCGGAUAUUCUUAAUGAAGCUGGUUUUAAUCUUCCUUCGGAAUUGGCUAUUCUUGCUUGUGUGAUCAUUCGUGAGGGAGUAACACUUUUCUUCCCUAGUGCGGCUGUGCGGGCAAAACUGUUACGAGAGAUAUUGAGUCGUGAUCAACAAACCACACCACGUUCGCCAGCCAUGAAUGUAUUACUGGAUGCUAUUGUAAAAAGUUUUACGGAUAUUAGCUCUGCAGCGGCUCUUGUGAAAUCGAUGGAUAAUAAUAAUAAUAAUAAUAAUAAUAAUAAUAAUAAUAAUAAUAACAACAACAAUACAAAGGGAAAGGAGGAAGAAGGUAUAGAUUCUCAAACACAAGAGAAACUUCUGGUAAUCAAAACGACUCUCUCUACAUUGUUAACAGAGUCUUCACGACAAAUGACAUCACAUGUACCAAAUGAACCUCGACAACAACAAUUAAGUAUUCUUUCUUCCAUUUCAGAAGCCAUUGGUACACUACAGUUAUUACUCAUCGGUCAAUGUAGUAGUGUGACCAUAGGUGACUUAAAUGAAACAGGGAUGUGUCGGGCGGUAAGUAGUAUUUUUGCCCUUCCACUCUCUACAAGUCUUAAUCCCAUUUUGAAGAACUAUUAUACAGAAUUAUUUGAUAGUGCUGAGAUGACUUUUAAAACGCUACAUCAAAGACUCUUUGCAUCUCGUGAGAAGAAUACAAAAAUAGGAAAAGAUACUUCAUCUAAUACAGCAGCAAUGGUGAUUGAUGUUUUGGAAUGUUCCUUUGUUGGUUCCCCACUACAUACAGCCGUUACGGCUCUUCCUCUUAUUAUUACACGAGAAGAGUCCGAUUGGCUUUUAUAUAAACUGAAUUCUCUUCGUGCAGAAUAUCAUUCACUUCUUACAUUGCUUACUGGAUAUCUUUCAAGAAGUCCACAGAGAACAGAUCGUUGGUCGCUUCCUAUUCUUGAUACCGCACUUACUCUCGCAUCAUCGUGGAUAGCAUCUUUUAUGUCACUUGGUCAACUUACUUAUGGUAUAUCCGAUACAACUUCAGCUUCUUCCCACAUAUCAUCUCAUACGAAUAAUCAAAAUAUUCUAUUACAAGAGAUAUGUAAUAAUCCUCUCUUAUCAGGAGGAAUUCGUUCAUCAAAUGCGGAAACUACUACUCAUUUCUCUUUAAUGGACGAUUUAUAUCGCCGUCAUCGAGAAAAGUGGGAAGCCAUUGCAAAUAAAAAAGAUCCAUUGGCAUCCAAGACUCCACCAGAUGUUGGAACUCUUAUCUCUCUUGCAACAGUUGCUAUUAUUCAUCUUAGUAGUCAACAACUUCAAUAUAUGUCAGAAGAAGAAUGUUUUCAUCUUUUGGCGAGUACAUCAUUACAAUUAAAAGGCGUAAGGAAUGAGUUACUGAAUCGUCGAUCUCAAGAUUCUAAAAACUUUCGACGUUUGAUUCGUGAUGCCCAGGAUAAAUGUCAAUUAUUACUUCGAAUGGAAAGAGCCUCCGAUGUAGAACAUAUUUUCUUAUCAUCUCUUUUUCUUGCCCGCUCAUUUGCAGAUAAAGUUAUCCCUCAGAGGAGUGGUCGUAAUAUGAGAUGGAAAAGAGCAUUUGUGAUUAUGCGAUUACGAAAAAUGUAUCACUAUGCCCUUACACAUGAUUGGUCCGCUCUUCAAGUUGAAUCUGCCAUUAACUUGGUACAGAAGAUUAUCCUUUCUUCAGAAUUAACAAUAACGAAGUUAAAGGAAACUCUUGAAACUCGUGAAAAGAUGGCUUCUCAACGUCUUGAUGGACUUCGACAUAUGAAACGUCUCUUUGAAAAUGAUCCUGUUUCCGCAUCUAAAUUUGCUUCAUUGCUUUUUAAUGGUGCCGUUGGUUCACGAUUGCAUUUUGAAACUGGUAUUUCAGGUUGUUUAAGCCAAACUCGAUUUGCACUUCGCUGGACAAUGUAUGAAAUUCUCCGACACUUAUGUGUUAUCACGAAAUUAUCUACCCCUGUGGGAAACAAUAAGAAAAUAACAGGAACAAAAGGAGGAGGAGGAGGAGAGGGAGAUGAUGAUGUUGGUAGUGUUGUUGAGAGAUCAACGGAUAGUGAUUCCUUUCAUCCUGCGAUAUUAAGUGAAGUACUUAAUAGGAACUGGUUACCCAGAGAUUUUUGCUUUCUACAACAACAACAUGUAGUAAGAGUAAUCUUUCGUAGUUUUUGCACUAUUUUUGUUAAUGAUAAUUCAGGUGCAUUAUGUCAAGAACAUGCAACUGAGCGUUUACACCGUCAAGAUAGCAGAGGAACACGAAAACAAAUACCACUUGGUAAAUCCUCUGGUACUGUAGAUGAUGAAAAUAAUGAAUUAGUUAUUCAAUUAACUCCUCAUGAGAAUGCUUUAAUGGAAUCUCUUAAAGUUCUUAAAUCUUUAGGACUUCAAUGUGCAGUAGGUUUGGGUAAUUCCACAGUGGCCAUUAGUGAAAGACGUGGUUGUGCUCUAUUCCUUGAUUCUCUAUUUGAAGAACUUGAAUUAGAACUGCACAGUUGUCUACAAUAUUUGAUGCAACCAAAUCUUCCUGGCCAAGAUCGUGUAUUAGAACAAGUAAGUCUUAUUUGUACAUUUGCUAGUACAAUUGCUCAGGCAUUUCCAGAAAAAUUUUUAUGUAAUCAACAUUCAUGUCCACAUACAUUAUUAUUGGCAUUUAGACUCUGUGUUUGUGCUAAUUUCUUAGCAAAAACAAAAACAAUUUCUACAUCUAUGAUAAAGAGUCUUGCAGUUCCUAAUUUAGUAGAGAUGUGUAUUCGUACAAGUGUACUUUUACUUCGUUAUUGUCAUCCUUCAGCUGUUAACCCAUUAUUUGGGGCAGAAGAAACUAUAAUGGUAAUAAAAGAAAUGAUUCAUACGGAGUGUGAAAAAAGUUUAACACUUGAAUUUAUUUUUGCUUUUGCGCUUCGAUGUGUAUCUAGUGGUUCUCUCAGUGAUAUAGGUGUGCGAUGUGCAGAUGCAUUACAUACACUUGUUUGCAAAGCUCCAUGGGAUGAAGAGUUAUGUGAAUUACAAGAUGCUUUUCUAGAUGACCUUAUGCAUUCAGCAGAGGAAGAAGAAGAAGAAAUACGUGCAAAAGAGACUCGAUUACUGGUAUGGGCUUAUGUAAUUGGUGGAGUCCCUACAAGUAUAUUAGGACCAGGUAAAAAGGUUCAAAUAAGUGUAGAUGAUUCCCUUGCUACUAUGGAAACUGCAUAUAUUGUGGAUUGUCAACAAAAAUCAAAUGUUGUUACAGUUCUACCAGCAUUAUCUUAUAAUCUAUUAGAGGAACGUGAAGUAACAUUUGAAAGUCUCAUUAAUGCUUCUCAAGAUGAAGUAAUUCUUCCAAAUUCAAGUGUACUUUUAAUUUUUUUAGUACCCGCACUAGAACACCUUUUCUCACUUCCAUUAAAAACUUCUCCAUCACCUUUUUUAUGGGCUGUAAUUGCAUGUUUUCUGCGAAUAACACUGGGAGUAUUAAAACAGGAUCCUUUUUCAAGUCAAGCAUUACUCGAACAUGAUAUUAUAAGUCGUGUGAAUAAUUUUGCUUCUCGUGUAAUAGCAAAGGUACCAUUACCAUUAUGUUAUUUAUAUGAAGUUAUCCCAAUAGUGGUACAACAAAUAUUACAAUUCCCACGAAAAACUUCAUUUGAUGCCGUUGUACCUUCCUCUUUAACAACUAAUGUACAGAAUACACUUUCUACAGUUUUAUAUAAUCAACCUACACAAAAUGUUGAUUUUCAUCGUCUCCCACCAUUAGGUGUGACGACACCGGUACAAACUAUGUUAUCUGCUGGGGCGGAGGGUGUGAUGAAUAUAUCUGUGGAAUCCCGUUCAGAGUCAGAUACAUUUAGUAUGAUGCCUUGCAUGGCUCACUUUGCACAAGGACAUGCGACUACUAGUCUGACUCCUACGGUGUUAUGUUUUAGUGGAGCGAAGGAUUCUUUAAUUGGAACACUUACUUUAAAAUCAUGUGGAAAAAAAAGUAUUAUUCCUCAAUGGACAGAUGGGGUCACACUUGAAGCGAGUGUCAUGUUGUAUGAUCGUCCUUUUCCAGAAUUAGGAGAAGCAUUUGUGAUUCCAUCUUCAUGGCAACGACCUCGAACCGAUUUUACUCUUUUUUCAUUAUAUGAAAAGGGAAAAACGAAUACAGUAGUACCUCUUUUAAGUGUAAUAUUAUUAGAUAAUAGUAUUCAAUGCUUAAUAGAAGAAACACAAAGAGAAGUGGAAGUAGUUUCAACUAAACUAUUACGUGAAGAUUGGGAUCAUUGGAUUCAUAUAGCAUUAGUAGUAGAAAGUAAAGGUGUAACUUUAUAUAAAGAUGGUGUUGGUACAACAGCCAUGUUACCAAAAACGUUUGCUUCUCGUUUGGAAGGUCUUUUACGAACUGGAGGUAUUGAACAAGUGGUAAUGGGAAAUGAAAUUCAAGAGUGUCAAAAUAGUGUUAUGAGUCGAAGCGGCAGUUUAAAUAUGGCUGAAAAUUUAAGAAGUAAGAGAACAAAUGAACGUAAAAGUAUUAGUAGUGGUAAUAAUGAAGUUAUUGAUUCUAUGAUGGUAUGUGUAGAUAGUGUUCGUCUUUGGGGAUGUGCUCGUACACUUAAAGCACAAAGGACGACAGCUGAUAUUGUUGCCCGUGAACAAUCAUUACCUAUAUUAAGUAUUGCAGAUGCUUAUCAUGUAUUUUUCCGUUUCGCAGAAUCUACAGGGAAUGAAACCUUCUCUGAAAAUAAAGAUUGUAUGGGUAUACUUUAUGGAAAUGUACAUUGGGCACCAUUUCCAGUCUUUUCAGGAACUGUGAAUUUAGAUAAACCUCCACGUAGUGAUAUGACAAGUCAUGCAGAACUUCCCUUAUUUGUUCCCCGACAUGAGUUUGAAAUGUUCUUUGCAGGAUUAGAUCGUCCACAAUUAAUACAGAUUGGUAGUGAUUACUUACAAAGUAUAACGGCACACCUCAGUCGACAUUGUGUUUUGGCCGCUAUUCGUCAAGCUGUUUCUCCAGCCUAUCGUGUUCUGAAAAUUGAUAGAAUUCUUGGGGAAAAGGACUGUAAUAAUAAUAAUAAUAAUAAUAAUAAUAAUAAUAAUGAAAACCCAUCAUCAUCCUCAUCCUCAUCACAAUCUGUAUUAGAUAAGGCUGUUGUGAAUCCUGCGAAUAUCAUUGGAAGUACAGAUCUUGUACGACAUCUUAUUAAUUUAUUACGAUAUUCUGAUACCGGGGCUAUGGAUGAGGAUACACUGGUGAACAUUUCAGAGUUUGUGAAGUUGUGGUUUCUUUCUAUUAAUUCUAAAAAUCAAUUGGAAUACAGUUUUCAAGAGGCAGUACGUGCUAUCAGUGAUGCAUUAUAUGAUGAUACUGAGUCCUUUAGUGUAGAACUUCCACCACUCUCUCACGUUACGGCAGAUAUUCAAUUAGUACCAAUUGCCAUUCUGAAUGGACCUGGAGGGACAAUUUCUUUUGAUGCAAAGAGUCGUGGUAUUGAACACUUAACACUUUUACGUGAUCGAAGACAAAAAGUACUUUUAGCUAAAUAUCCAGAUGCUCAAGGUGGAUGGCCAGAAUUAGAAAUUCCAAGUGAUAUUCUUUGGUUUUACUUAAGACCCAUUGUGAGUUCUCGCACCGUGGCUUCUACCCUUACCGUUACCGCCCGAUCGGUAAGACCAUUUGUAGCCUGUAGUAUAUUUUCUGUUUUGCGGGAUAUGUUAACAAGAUAUGAUCGUCUUCAUUGUGGUUUACCAUAUUUUCUGAAUACACCAUUUUUAUCACUCUUAACAGUGCAUUCAGGAACGACAAAGUCCUCUGCUUUACCGGCACGUCGUUUGUUAACAGCUGUAUUAGAACUCUGGCGUAGUGUACCAAACUUUGCUCAACAUGAUCAAACACCAUUAAAGAUAUUACUUGCACACUUGAAUGUACCAUUAAUGUCUGUUUUACAUCGUGGACAGAUAUCUUCUAAAGGAUCAUCUCUACCAUCACCUCCACUUGGUUUUUACAAUCUUACGGUUCAGAGUUCAUUUGAAUUAUUAGUAGCCGCUAUGCGUUUGGAAGCAGCAUGGAAUAAUGUUAAUCAUGAAUAUUUUACCCGAAAACGUUGGAAACGUCUUUAUUCACUUUGGGAACGUUCUGUAGGUAUAGGGACUCCAGUACCACCAACACUUUAUAAUAUGAAAGAGGUUCAGGAACCAACUGUACUAGAACGUGGGUAUGUACGGUUAAUGACAUUACCUUCAUCUGGUACACCAAUACAACAUCGACCUAAAACGACUAUAUCUCAACGGGGUAAUGGUAUUUGGUAUGCUUGUUGUGAUCGUGGUUUAAUGUCUGCACGUAGUAGUAUUGGUUUUAAAAGAGGAAGAUUUUAUUUUGAAGUACGUAUUCCAGCUAGUGGAGAUGCUAUAUCUGUUGGUGUAGUGACGGAACGUGCCCAACAACACUCUGUAUUAACUUCUCAAGGACUUGGACAUGAUUGUGAAUCCUGGGGCUUUGAAAGUUCUCAAAUGUGUCGUUUUUAUCAUGGAUUUCGACAUGAUUUUGCUGUUCGUACAAAAUGGAAAGCCUUAGAUGUUAUUGGUAUCUUAUUAGAUCUAGAAGCUGGAACGUUAGCCUGUAUGCAUGAUGAUCGUCAAGUAAGUAUGUUUGACAAUUUAAAAGUAAAUCGUGGUAAUAGUUCAAGUACAUCCUUUUUUCCUGCAGUUUCUUUUGGUGCUAGUGGUGUAGAUGUAAAUUUUGGGGCUUCACCGUUUACAUGUAGUUUACCACUCGGUUUUCUUCCGGUUGAUCCUUUGAAUUAUAUGAUAUCCCCUACUUCCAUGCUAUGGACACUACUGGCAGCAGUGGAUGUGAGUGAAGUUCUAGCAUCCAGCAACAACAAUAAUACUACUAUUACUACUACUACUACUACUACUACUACUACUACUAAUAAUAAUAAUAAUAAUAAUAAUAAUAAUAAUAAUAAUAAUAGUAAUAAUAAUAGUAUCAGUACUAGUAAUAAUAAAAGUAUCAGUCAAAUAGAGGAAAACUAUAACCUACAACCUAAAAGUAAAUUAUUACCUAGAUUCUUUGAAAAAGCAAAUAUGGUGGCAAAUGCUUACCAAUAUGGACGUAGUGGUUCAUUUAGUGUGAGUCUUCUUCCUUGUGAUAAUAAGAUGAAGAUGUCUGUACUUCAUGGUAAUGAGAUUCGGGCUGAGGAUGAAACUUGUUUUCUACGAGGAACUGUCUGUGUUCGAAUGGGUUGUUGGUACUACGAGGUUGUUGUUCGUGGGGAUGCACAGGUGAGUGUUGGUUGGGUAACUUCUACAGCUAUUGCCCAGUGGUCUCGCUCCAAGUCAUUAGGGGAUACACGUGAUUCUUGGGUGUUAGAAGUAGGAAGAGCCACCGCACGACACAAUAAACAUCGACGUAGUGUUGGUGGACAAUUAUGGAAACAUGGAGAUGUGAUUGGGUGUAUGGUGGAUUGUAAUGCUGGCACGAUUGCUUAUCGUGUGAAUGGGAUUCCGGUAAGAGAAGUACAUGAUACGAAAGGUAAUGGAGUGCUCUUUUCAAAUGUAAAGUGUACAAAUGGAUUGAUGCCAGUUAUUAGUGUAGAUCCAAAGAAUUCCGCACUGGUUUGUUUUCGUGAUGAUGAAUUAUCAUUUCAACCUUGUGGUUAUCGUGCACUUAGUACAGUCAUUCCCUUGAGAACAGCAUUAGAACAUUACUAUACACAAGAUGAAAACGUAAAAGAAAUUUCAAUGAAUGGUAGUAAUGAUACUCUUACCUUCUCACCAUCAAAGUCACAACUCUUGUUAUCAUCACUCUCAACAUUAACAGAGUUAAAUUUUUAUAACCCAAUGGCAUAUUGUCCAGAUGAAGCUCUUAAAAAAAGUGGUAAUAAAUUUCUCUAUGAUCAAUUGGGUGGACGAGAAAAGGCUAUAAGUCUUUUUGUUACUUUACAAAAUAUUACAAGUUUAACAGAGUUUUUAAUUCCAUAUGCACAUUGGGCAUUAUUACAUGGGGAAUAUGAUAUGUUCCUCACUGGACCUAUUUGUCGUUCUCUUAAAUCUUGUCGUCACUACACUUUACCAGUUGUACCUUUACGAGUUUUACAUAAAUUUUCCUUACAAACAAAUUCUCCAGGUGAAAAUGUAAAGCUUACAUUAAACCGACGAAAAGCACUUUCUCUUGUAAAAGAUUUAACUGUUCCUUUAUCUGAACGUAUGCGGGGAAGUUUAUUUGGUCAAGUGUAUCAACUUUUACAUGAGAAGGAGGUUUCUUUUUUCUGUACGGGAAAAAAAUUAUGGAGUGUAAAUUUUCUAGGUGAAGGAGCAGAUGAUAUUGGUGGACCUUACCGUGAAAGUAUUACCCAAUUAUGCUCUGAACUCAUGAGUACAUCUCUUCCACUUUUUAUUCCAUGUCCUAAUCAAGUAAAUGAAAUUGGGGGAUCUCGUGAAGUGUUUGUAGUACAACCAGAGAUUGAAUACCCUGUACGACUUACAAUGUAUCAAUUCUUAGGUCGUCUUAUUGCGGGUUGUUUACGAAGUGCCGAACCACUUCCUUUAUAUCUUCCAAGUCGUUUUUGGAAAGCUUUAGUUGGAACUCCAGUAGAGAAUGGAGAUCUUGAACUCAUUGAUAAAUCUUCUUAUCACUCUUAUCAGUAUAUACGAGAACAAACUCGUUCAGAUAAUGGAGGAGUAGCCAUGGCUACAGAUGAAGAAAUUGCAGAACUCUGUCCAGGAGGAUUUUCUGUUGUAGAUGAUGCGGGAAAAGAGGUAGAACUCUUUCCUGGUGGUAAACAAUUACGUGUUUGCCGUUAUAAUGUAGAUAUUUUUUUAAAUAUGAUAAUGCAAUUUAAAUUACAUACUAUGGGAAAUGCACAAAUAAAGGCUUUAGUUGAUGGUUUUCAUCAAGUAAUACCCAUUUAUGCAGUUUCACUUUUUAAAUGGUAUGAAUUGGAACGUGUGGUUUGUGGUUUACCAGACUAUGAUUCAGAUAAAUUAUUAGAUGUCGCUCGAUAUGAGGGAAUUGAUGCAAAAGAUACUCUUAUACAAAACCUUCGUCAAGUUUUACGAGAAUUUUCUCGUCAAGAACGUGCACUCUUUAUGCGUUUUGUGAGUGGGAGAGAGAGACUUCCAACAGGAAUGCGAAUGCGGGUGAUGCUUGAUUUUCACUCAUGGCGACGUCGACAAGGAAGUAAUAGUACUCCUAAUGCAAUUGGUGUUAGUGGUACUACUAAUACUACUAAUACUACUCAUACUACAGAGAGUGGAGUUGGUACGGGUAGUAACAGUAGUAAUAAUAGUGUAUCUGUUGAAGCCUAUGAUGAUGAUAGACUGCCACAUUCCUCUACUUGUUUUUAUUGGCUUUUCCUUCCAAGAUACAGUUCUAUACAUGUGAUGCGGGAUCGACUCCUGUUUGCUAUUCAGCAGUGUCUUGAUAUUGAUGCGGAUUUCCGUGUGCGUGGGGAUAUGGAUGCGCAAAGUGAUGUAGAGCCCACAUUAACAGUGAAUGUGGAAAAUGAUGAUGAUGAAUUUGAAGACUUUUCGCAUCUACGGUAG